AUGAAUCUUGAAAUGUUUUUCGUCUUGCUUUUCUUACUUCUACCACUCUACCUUCUCCUGAGACAGAGAAUUUCAGGAAGGUUUCCACCGGGUUCUUUAGGGUUACCCAUCAUUGGCCAAAGUAUCACCUUCCGGCCGCAUGCCAUGCGCAAAAAUACAGAUGAAGAAUGGCUACGGAUUAGAAUAAGAAAAUACGUUCCCGUCUGGAAAACGAGCCUCCUUGGGAAACCAACAGUGUUCCUGUCUGGGGCUGCAAACAAGUUCAUCUACAAUUGUGAUGGUAGCAUUCUUGCCGGUCAGAAACCGCUGUCGGUGAGGAGGAUUUGUGGUCAGAGGAAUAUUUUUGAAUUGAGUGGCCAUGAGCACAAGCGCGUCAGAGGAGUACUGGUAUCACUCUUAAAGCCUGAAGUGUUAAGGCAACAUGUCGGUGAGAUGGAUGAAAGAAUCAGAAAGCAUUUCGAGAUGCAUUGGCAUGGAAAGCAGAAGGUUUCUAAACAUCAAACUGCCUGUCCUCAACAAGAUCUUAUCAACACGUUACUUAGUCUCAGAAAUGAAGACUUUUCAGCAGCAUUAUCUGAUGAGGAAAUUGUAGAUAAUGUUAUCACUGUAAUGAUAGCAGGGCAUGACACAGCCACCGUGCUCCUCACUUUAUUGAUUAGACUUUUAGCAAGUGAUCAAGCUAUUUAUGCAAGUAUAUCUAAAGAACAAGAGGAGAUUGCCAAGAGUAAGGCCUCUGGAGAGCUUUUACAUCGGAUGAUCUUGAAUGUCCUUAAAGAUUUCGAGUACGAAGGGUACCUUAUUCCCAAAGGAUGGCAGGAAAGCGAAAGCAAACCCAAUUUCAAUUCUCAAUCUCGAUUCUAUGAUGCCAUGUGUAUUGAUGAGAAGGAUGGCCCCUACUGGUUUGAGAUUUUAGGACUACGGCAAGUAUAUUACGCGAUAACAUGUGUUCUUGUCACACCUGUCAGCAACAAGAUUCCUGCUGAGCAAGGAGUUGCAGAUUCUUUUUCUUCUUUCUGCCUUGACAUGUCUUAG